UCCCCGCUGGGGCCGGACUCCUGCCGCCAUGGACCCCCGCCGCCCACUCACCUGGGCACUGGUGCUGCUGGGCACCGGUCUGGCGCUCGCGCUGGGCCCCGCGCCUGCUCCGGAAGCCCCAGAGAAGCUGUGCGGCCACCACUUGGUGCGCGCGCUGGUGCGGGUGUGCGGGGGCCCGCGCUGGUCCUCCGAAGACGGGCGGCGAGUGGCUGGCGGGGACCGUGGCUCGUGGAAACGUGCACAACCGGGGACCCCUGAGCGCGGCUCGAGAGUGCGCACACCUGGAUGGGGGAUUAUGUCCGUGCUCGGUGAGCUGCUGCAGUGGCUGGAAGGACGACAUCUCCACGGGCUGGUGGCCGAUGGGGACCCCACGCUGGUUGUGGUGCCACAGCCCCUGCCCCAGGCCUCUCGCCGUCACCGCCCCGGCCGGGCAGCCGCCGCCAACCCUGCACAUUUCUGCUGCCUCAGUGGCUGCACCCGGCAGCACCUGUUGACCCUGUGUCCUCACUGAACCCGCCUGGGUGUGGCCUCAGAGGAUCCAGAGACCCCCCAGGGGUCGGGUCUGGUGGGCUCCCGGAGCACCAUAAAGCCCCAUCUGGGAGGACGGGGCGGAUCACCUCCCAGCACUCACCGCCUCCCCCGGGCCACCUUCCUCUGUGGGGCCAACUGCAAAAAAAAAAAAAAAAAAGAUCGCACUUCAACCCUGGCCUGGAGGGUCCUUGGUUUCACGGGGAUGCCAGACUCUGAGGGCCAAAUGUUCUCACCUCUGAGGAGCCCCAGGCGCCACCCACCCCAUAUCCGUGACACCGACCCUUGUUGUCUCCCUAAUAGUAAAUAAAUUAAGCUCCUGCAGAA